AAAAAACCAUUUUUCAAAAUUCAUCUUCGAAGUUUGAUCUAAGUGUAAAGUUUGGACUAGAGACUAAGGUGAAGAGUGUUGAACGAAACAAACAAACAAACCGGCAUGCAGAAAAUAACGUUCUCAUGUGACGACUCGAACUUUUUAUAAAAACUGAAUAAUACCAUGGAUGAUGAAGAUGCAUUAGAUAUCCGCCAGAGAGCGCUGAGGAGGAAAGAACGACGAUUGUAUAGUUGUGCGUCUAUUGAGCAACUCUUGGAGACCGAAGCUUCAUCUUUUAGAAAGCGAAGAUCCAGUUCUUUCGAUACUCAGUGUUUUGGAGUUGAUCCUGUGAAGGACAGAGAUAAGACUUUUUUGAAUGCCAUGGCCAUCACGCUGUUUGAAGAUGAAUCCAGGCUUGGAAGAAUGCACGUGCAACCAGUUAUUAAGUGUGAGUGUAAUGGUGUGGAGAGCUAUGCUCUAAUCAACACAGCAGCAACGGUUUCAUCAAUAUCAAUGAAAUUGGUUGAAAAGCUGAGGCUGACAGACCAGAUUAUCCCUGACACUACCUCAAAGUCUAUUGCUCUCGGGCUCCCGCAUCCCGAAGUGAAAGGAAAAGUUAAGUAUUUGGAUCUAACGUUAGGAAACUGGCAGCAGGUUUCUCAGUUUUGUGUAGUGGAAGACGCUGUCCCAGAAAUCACUUUUGGUGUUGAUUUUUUGCGGAAAACUCAAGCUAUUGUGAACCUUGAAGAUUCUUCCCUUACAAUAGGAGGCCAACAAGGAGAAAGAGUUCCGUUUCUCACCACCAGGGAAGUAAUAAUGUUGACACGAACAGCUAAUGAUAGUCGGAGCUAA